UCAGAGCCGGAGCGGGAGUCAGGCUGCGUAAAGCUGCGCGCACCGGAACACAAAAUGGUUCCUGCCGGCGCCGCGGAUGAUCCGGGGACCGGACCGAAGCUCGGCCUCUUCUCGACUUCACACGCGGCGGCGCGGAGGCGUUUGGAUCCAGCUGAUGAGCAGAAUAACACGGAUCUGUGCGCGCACCCUCCCGGCGCACAGCUCCAUCUACCAGUGCGCCAUAAUUGAAAUGGCGCAUUUGGCCGCGGGCGGCUGGAGCGGCAUAAUGCAUGACGAUAGACGUCAUUUGGCUCCGGAGCCUGAGGGACGUUUGAUGCUGCUGAAGUAUACGAGCUGUCGGGGAGAGACGGACGAGCCGCGCUGCUCCGUGUUUACAGACAGCGGAGCGCUGCUGUUUGUCUCUGUCUCUGUCUCACAUGUUUGACGGAGGACAAACUCUAAGGAUAAAUCAUCCCACAGCCCGGCUGAUAGAAACGAGUUGGGGCGAGAGAAAAGAACAAACCGCCCGCGUUACUGUAACCUAAUCCUGGCCCCCGGGGGUCUGAAGGGCCCCGGGCCAGACUCCUCUUAAAGUCCUCCUCUUUAUUCUGUCGGAGGAGACACGGACGGGCUUGUUUUGCUCCUUGUGCUCCACACACCGGAGGACAGACGCAGACUGACGAGGACGUGAAGUGAAGAACAACCGGUAUCCUCUGAUUUCAGACCCGGGACGGAGCAGACAGACGCCGGUUUCCAUGUCUUCAGUGUCGGUGUCCUCUCAGGAGGGGCGGAGCAUGUCCAGGAUGUCUCUGAGCCGCUCACCGGUGUCCCCCAUGACCGCCCAGGGCAUCCCAUCGCCCGCCCAGCUCACCAAGGCCAACGCUCCUGUCCACAUCGACGUGGGGGGGCACAUGUACACCAGCAGCCUGGCAACGCUCACCAAAUACCCCGAGUCCAGGAUCAGUCGUCUGUUUAACGGCACCGAGCCCAUCGUGUUGGACAGUCUGAAGCAGCACUACUUCAUCGACCGAGACGGAGACAUCUUCCGCUACAUCCUCAGCUUCCUGCGGACGUGCAAACUGCUGCUGCCCGAAGACUUCAAGGACUUCCCCCAGCUCUACGAGGAGGCGCGAUACUACCAGCUGACUCCGAUGGUCCGGGAGUUGGAGCGCUGGCAGGCGGAGCGGGAGGCCCAGCGGGCGUCACCCUGCGAGUGUCUGGUGGUCCGAGUCACGCCCGACCUGGGCGAGAGGAUCGCUCUGAGCGGGGAGAAGGUCCUGAUCGAGGAGAUCUUCCCCGAGACCGGAGACGUCAUGUGCAACUCUGUCAACGCCGGCUGGAACCAGGACCCCACCCACGUCAUCCGCUUCCCCCUCAACGGAUACUGCAGACUGAACUCAGUGCAGGUCCUGGAGCGUCUGUUUCAGAAGGGCUUCAGCAUCAAGGCAUCCUGCGGAGGCGGGGUCGACUCGUCCCAGUUCAGCGAGUACGUCCUGUGUCGUGACCUGCGGCACAGCCAGUCCGUCACCAGCACCCCGAUCCGGAUCAAGCAGGAACCCCUGGACUAAAAACCACCGGUGCGUGGGAUCGACGGACCGUAUCUGAGGUCGGCGAGCUCACACCUGGAUCCUGCGAACACCUCAGCAGCUGGCAGGAGGACAUCACGCCGGGCUGAGACACGAGACCUGAAGACUUGGAAACAUCCCGGGAGUUUCAGAGACCCCGGAGCUCUGCUGUGAGCAGAAGAGCUUCAGUUUGUGACAGGAGGAAAAAUCAGGAAGCUCGCUCACGUCGAAAAGUUUGGAAUCCGAAGUUUGUUUGAUGAGCAACUCGUUUGGUUCACAUCCUCCUCAGAGUGCAAACCAGUGGAAAAGUCAUUUUUAUAAACAUGUCCAGAUGCCUCGGGCCCCUAAGUUAAUUCUUUUUUAUAAAACUGCCAUUUUGAAAAUGUAUAUUUAAUGUUUGUUAGCUCAGUGUCACUAUUUUGCAUUUGUACAGAUGUACUGAUAAAAGGUUCAACGAUCUUUGGUUUCAAUCAGAGUCCACAUGAGCUCGAACCU